AUGACAAACAAAGGAAUAGCAUGGGACAGUGACAAAGAACUCAUCAAGAAGACGCAGUAUAAACCAGGACAAGUCGUUCCCCCUCCGAACUGGCAUGACCGAUAUCCAGAUAAUUACGAGAAUGGAAUCCCCGACCUUCACGAGGACGAGGAAUUCAUGGUCUGGAUGAGGACUGCGGCCCUUCCAACAUUCAGCAAGUUGGCCCGAAGAAACGACACUACGUCAAUGACAAAGGGCACAUAUCAAUUGGACAUUGCGCACCGUUUUCCAGUCACUGAAUAUGGAGGCACAAAGUCAAUCCUCAUCUCUACAAGGACUGUGAUGGGUGGACAAAAUCCGUUUAUGGGGAUUGCGUAUGUCGUCGUCGGCGGCGUCUGUGUCUUGUUAGGAAACUGGGAGAUCACACGUAUCUGA